CCCACUCUGCGUUCGAACAAACUUUAUUUACACUCAACCUCAAGAACAACCCGUCAUUUCAAAACAAACGAUAUUAAUAAACUCGGCACAAAAGAUCCAUUCUGCAGGAGAGCUAAACAAUCAUCCACUUACUAUAAGGGUUUAAUUUCUAUUUAAGAAAAAAGGCUAUAGUAGCUUCUUUUGGAAUAUCACAGAUUCUGAGUGGCCAAUGGCUUCAGAGGAGAUGGAAGGUUUGUGCCCAUUACCAGAGGUGACGGGGAUCAAGGUGGAGCCAUCCGUCAGCGUUGGAUCAGCAGACGACAGCAACUCACAGAACGCCAUGGGCAUUAAGUUUAUAUUACCCAAUCGCUUUGACAUGAACGUGUGUUCGCGCUUUGUGAAGUCACUGAAUGAGGAAGAUAGUAAAAAUAUCCAGGACCAGGUGAACUCGGAUCUGGAGGUGGCCUCUGUGUUAUUUAAAGCGGAGUGUAAUAUUCAAACAUCUCCCUCACCUGGGAUUCAGGUUAGGCAUGUGUACACGCCAUCAACCACCAAACACUUCUCUCCGAUAAAGCAAUCCACCACGCUCACCAACAAACACCGUGGAAAUGAGGUCUCAUCCACACCUUUGCUCGUUCACUCACUGUCUAUACAUCAGUUGGCAGCACAAGGAGAGAUGGUGUUCUUAGCCAGUCGAAUAGAACAAGAGUCUGUAAUAAACCUGCAGGAUGAAGAGGGAUUCACCCCACUGAUGUGGGCAGCAGCUCAUGGACAGAUCGCUGUAGUGGAGUUCUUGUUACAGAGUGGUGCAGAUCCUCAUCUCUUGGCCAAGGGAAGAGAGAGUGCACUGUCACUGGCCUGCAGUAAAGGGUACACGGAUAUUAUCAGAAUGCUUAUCGACUGUGGAGUUGAUGUCAACGAGUAUGAUUGGAAUGGUGGCGCUCCGUUACUCUAUGCAGUGCAUGGUAAUCAUGUUCGCUGUGUGGAAAUCCUCUUAGAGAGUGGAGCUGACCCAACCAUGGAGUCUGACUCUGGGUUCAAUGCGAUGGACAUGGCUGUGGCAAUGGGACACCGAAAUGUCCAACAGGUCUUGGAGGCUCAUCUUCUGAAGCUUCUACAAGGUAUCAAAGAAUAACCGUAGCAACUACAAGAAUUAUAGUGAAUAUUUAAGUGUUAUCAGUGUUCAGUGUGAUGACGUGGACAAUACCAUUUGACGUUUGCAGAACACACUUUAUAUGAAGUUAAUUGUGUUGAAAAUGCAAAUGCGCAGAUCAAAAACACAUGGCACAUGAUGACAUCAGAACUUCACCAUUUUGAAUCUACUGAUAUAUAUGUGGUUUUUAUUCAGUGUGAUGUGUUUUAGGUCAUCUUUACCUACUUUCAAUGUGUACUUGAAAAGAUAUUUAUUUUGCCAUUUAAUGCAAAAAUAAGCUGCUUUACUUCACAUUAAACACUUGUAUUAUGAAUGGUUCAUAAAACAAAGUAAAUCUAAAUAUGGGCACUUUAGAAUCAGUCAAGUGGAAAAGAACAUGGUGAAAACAAGGUUUACAGUAACAAUUUACAGAUUUUUUGACUUUGGUUUGCCCUCUUUUAAUGUAAGUUUUGUGCUUAAACACUGUAAAUAAACCUUAAUUUAUACUGAA